AAAUAGAUAACGAAACUAAAUAGCGGAAUGUCCGGCGUUUAUUAGAUUGGUUGGUUUACAAGGGAAUUGGGUAUAAAUAAGGAUUUACAACAGAUGGCGUGUGGUGCCGUUUGACUCGCUCCAAACACAGAGGAUGCUAUAACAACAGGAAAAUAAACCAUGUCGAGCAGGAACACAAGGUCAUCUAAGGGACAGGAGUCGCCGGAAUCCUUCUACACCUAUGAUUUCUGUGACCCAACACAUCCCACGGAGGUUCUAGAAGCCCUCGGAGAAUACUACACAGAAGGCUUGUUCACUGACAUAGCUCUACAGUGCUCUACAGGGGAGCUCUUCCACUGCCAUAAAGUGGCUCUAUGCUCCCAUAGUUCCUACUUCAGAGCCAUGUUCACAGCCGAUAUGAGAGAGAGGUCCCACAGUGUCAUCAGACUAGCUGGGGUAGAUGUGGAUGUGCUGACGACUCUGGUGAACUAUGUGUACACCUCCAAGGCCUCCAUUACCCAGUGGAAUGUAGAGUCUCUGCUGGAGGCUGCAGACCUGCUGCAGUUUGGAGCCGUGAAAACGGCCUGUGAGAACUUCCUGGUUCGUCUCCUCGACGUCGACAACUGUCUGGGCAUGCUCCGUUUCGCCCAGCUCCAUGUGUGUCUGUCCCUGGAGAAGGAGGCACGCAGGGUGCUGCUCUGCCACUUCCACCAGGUGGUGAGAGAGGAGGAGUUCCAGGAGCUGGGGGUGGAGAAGGUGAGGAGCCUCCUGCAGGAGGAGAACCUGGCGGAGGUGUUGAAUGAGGCGGUGCUGGUGGAGGGGGUGGUGAGGUGGCUGGCCCACGAUACUCUUGCCCGCAGGGGACACUUCCAGGAGCUUCUUCACUCCGCCCACUUAGACCUGAAGGAAGAGUACCUCAGGACUGCCUUGGAGCUUCAUAGAGAGUGUCUGGAGACUGACACUGAAGACAUCCACUCUCUAUUUGUCCAAGCUCUGAAGACUGCUUUUAAUAUCAAUAAAAGCCCUUCGGAACACUGCAGAAGGGGCAGGAGACUGACCUCCAGGAUGUUUGUGAUAGGAGGGUACCACUGGCACCCUCUGUCUGAGGUCCAGACCUGGGACCCGGUCACGGACCAGUGGCAGCAGGGGGAGGAUAUGCCAGACCACACCAGGGAGAGUUAUGGAGUUACCCUGCUGGGCUCCAACAUCUACAUUAGCGGCGGCUACAGGACAGACACUACAGAGGCUCUAGAUACAGUGUGGGUUUACAGCAGUGAUACUGAUAAAUGGACACAGGGGCAGCCCAUGCUGACAGCGAGGUACUACCACUGUUCUGUGGGUCUGCAUGGGUGUGUCUACGUCAUAGGAGGGUACAGAGGAGGGGCGCCCAUGGGGGAAACGGAAUUCUAUGACCCCCUGAAAAGGAAGUGGAUUCCCGUAGCUAAUAUGGUACAAGGCGUGGGGAACGCUACGGCCUGUGUUCUGAGAGACACAAUAUAUGUGGCAGGCGGUCACUAUGGUUACAAGGGAAGCUGCACCUAUGAUAAGAUUCAGACCUACAGGGCAGACGUCAAUGAAUGGAGCAUAACAACGACCUGUCCUCAUCCAGAGUACGGCCUGUGCCUGGUGUCACUGCACCCCAAGCUUUACCUGGUGGGUGGCCAGACCACCAUCACAGACUGUUACGAACCGGACAGAGAUGAGUGGAGCCAGCUGGCCAGGACCAAGGAGAGGAGGAUGGAGUGUGGCGCCGUGGCCAUGAACGGGUCCCUGUAUGUCACCGGGGGCUACUCCUACUCCAAGGGCACCUACCUGCAGAGUGUGGAGAGGUACGACCCCGAACAGGACACCUGGGAGAUCGUGGGGAAUUUACCUGGAGCGGCGCGGUCACAUGGAUGUGUCUGUGUUUACAGUGUUUAGAGAGAGAGAGAGAGAGAGAGAGAGAGAGAGAGAGAGAGAGAGUGAGAGAGAGAGAGAGAGAGAGAGAGAGUUCCAGGUUGUCAGUAAUGCAGUUGUGGAUGUGUGUGUGUGUUUAUAGUGUUUAAACUAUAUAUUGUAUUACUGUUGUUUAACACUUAACCAGGCGUUGUGAGAUCGUGUGAACUGCAUUUGAGACGACCUGGAACGUGUCCUUUGUUACUGCUCCAUUCAGAGGACUUUUUCAGACAGCUGAUGGCGUCUGAUCUACCUCAUCCUGUUCUCCUGCUAUAGACACGGGAAUAUUUACUGUGUCCGACUAAGAGAUUUUGGGGCGUGGAAUGUUCCCCGAUGCUGGAAGUGGGGGCCUGAGUGAAAACGUUUAGGAUCCCCUGAAUUAGAGAAAUACCGGUGUGUUGUUUACAAUGAUUUGAUUGUUUUAUACGUUGUAUUGUAAAACUUUUGAAGUUGAAAAUAAUUUAUUGGGUUUUUACUUGACUUAGCCAUUUUGAAUGGCAGCAGCUGACACACAUUGCAAAGCACCACUAGGGGAUUUAUCCUAAAAGAUUUCUUAAUAUUGAUUUCAUUUAUUCAAACAGGAAAAAAGAGGAGUUGAUACCAUACAAAUUAAUGUACAACUUUGCAUAGUUUUCUUUCUUUUAAAUAUAAUUUUAAAAGAAUCACCGGCAGUAGCCUUUCCUGCAGGAAAAUGACCAAAUCGCCCUCUAGUGGCCUCAUGGGUGGAAUGUUAUUAAGAUUUUUCAUAAUUUUAUAAUUAAUAAACCUUUUAGUGGGGUGGGAGGCGCAGAAAAUCUGUUUUUCUAUGUCAAACUGUUGUGUUAUAUUUCAGUCUUCUGUGAUGUAUAUGAAGUGUAAUGUUGGGAUGAAAACUCUAAAUGUAAUACAUUUCAACUUUAUAUCUGACAUGAUACAGGUGUCUUCUGUUGUUAAACCCAUAACCAUGUGUGUGAGGUGGAUACUGUUGUUAAACCCAUAACCAUGUGUGUGAGGUGGAUACUGUUGUUAAACCCAUAACCACGUGUGUGAGGUGUCUUCUGUUGUUAAACCCAUAACCAUGUGUGUGAGGUGGAUACUGUUGUUAAACCCAUAACCACGUGUGUGAGGUGUCUUCUGUUGUUAAGCCCAUAACCAUGUGUGUGAGGUGGAUACUGUUGUUAAGCCCAUAACCAUGUGUGUCCUUUUGAAGAACAAAAACUCAACUACUUUGAGAAGAACAACAUAGGCAGCUCAAGAAACACUCUGCGGAAGGUCAAAGGUUCAAACAAAUUUGGAAAAGAGAAUUAAAUUGAAUGAGUCAUCAUUUCCAUAGUGUCUGUAAAGUCAUUGCUGUUCACAUCCACUCCACUGGGUAAAAACUGGUUGAAUCCACGUUGUUGCCAUGUCGUUUCCACAACAACAAUUCAAUGUGAAAAACUGGAUUUGCAAAAAGUCAUCAAUGUAAGGGAAUUUUGUGUUUUUUUCCCACCCAAGUUUGAACCUAAAUCCGAUGACAGGGUGACAUUUUUUUUGUUGAAUUCACGUUGAAAUCAAGUUAGUUGACAACUCAACCAAAUGUAAAUCAAAACUAGACGUUGAACUGGUGUCUGUGCCCAGUGGGAUAUUUGUGGUUCUGGUGAGU